AUGUGCGCCUGGGCCUCUUCUCGGCUCACCACGCAGAUUGCCCAACUUCUGAUUCAGGAAGCUUUAGGAUUGCACGCUUCAAUUCAUCCAAUCGAGGGCCAGUUUGGGGCAUCGCCAUUCUACGCUUUGGCGGGCUGUGAUGAUUUUGAUGAUCCGUUCAAGAGGAAAUGCGGAGAUAAGGAAACUGUCAUCCACGUGGCAAUGGACGCAUGGAUUGGUUCCUACACGAACACCUACACCCAAUUUCAGACCGAAUACCCUCUGAUUGCUCCUAUUGAUUUAGGAUCUCAAGGCUGUGAAGGUGAAGAGUCCAUGUAUGUGUCCAACAACGUGAUUCACGAAGCUUUCGCAAGUUCUGGUUUGGUGCUGGACUUCUACAAGAGCUACAAUAGCACGACGGGACAGCCGAAGAGCUACCCGGCCUUGUGGGUCAAUGUUUCGAAGCUAAUUUAG